CAUUUGUGAAAAAUCCGGCAAAAUGAAUAUUUAAUCAUAAAAAAAUAUUGCCAGAGAGAUAUUAUCGAAAAUUUUGUUUCUUGUUGAUAUCCUGUAAUUUUCAUUAGAAUAAAUCGAUAUCCUAAUUCCCAUUAUAAAAAAUAAAACAUGAAGUAUAACAUAGUUGAAAUUAUCAUGAUAUGGCUUACCUUACAUUUAACUCAGUAUAAUUCUCAACUUACCACAUCAGAUGAAUUAAUACUAAAAAAUGUUGUAAGACAAGGGACAAUAAAAAAUUAUCCUUACUUAAAUGCAACCGCCGAUGCUAUUGAUUUAAGACAAGCCAUGAGUGGACUGGGCACCGACGAAGAAAAAGUUAUCAAUAUUAUGACAAAGAGAUCCAAUUGGGAUAGGCAGCAAAUCGCCGCAGCUUACAAAAAUAUAUUUGGAAAGGAUUUAAGUUAUAAAUUAAAACGGGAAUUUUCCUUCCACGCAUCGGAAAUGUUGCAAGACCUAUUAAUUCCCCCCAUGGAUUAUGAUACUCAAGUUAUUUAUUCCUCAAUAAAAGGGUUAUUUACAGAUUUGGACGAAAUAACUGGCGUUCUUUGCUCUAAAAAUAAUGAUCAAAUUGCUGAAAUCAAGAGAAUCUAUUUAAAAAAAUAUGCAUGGACAAUUCAAGAAGCUAUAAAAAGUGACACAACAGAUCCAGUAUUGAAUCUUUACUUGUUAAUGUUGAAUACACCACGUCAAAUCGGUAUACAUUAUGAUCAAAUUGAAGAAGAUGCUAAACUAAUCAUGGCAACAGAUAUCCAACAUUUACAUGCAGACAAUUUGUUAUUUAAAAUUUUAACUUUCAGAAGCAAAGAUCACAUAGUUAAAGUAUUAGACGCUUACCAAAGGUUGGCAAAAAAUGGCCUCCAUUCCGCUUUAGACCAAGACAUUUCAGGGGCAAUUACCAAACAAGGAAAAGCGGUCAGGACGGUUAAAAACUUAAUUGAAUGUUACAGCUCGCCUCCACGUUUUUAUGCUCAGCAAAUAUAUAACGCCGUCAAUAGAUUGGGUACGCGGGAUAGAAAUUUGUUCAGACCUAUUAUAGCCAGAAGCGAAAUCGAUUUGGAAGAGAUCAAGAAUGAAUUUAGAGAAAUCGCUGGAAUGGAACUUCAAUCUAAAAUUGAAGAAGAAACAUCUGGAUCGUACAAAAAAGUAUUAAGAGGAAUACUAGAAGGCAAUAAGAAAAUUAUCAAUUUACAAACCUAAUUAUGGUUGUUUUUGUAAUCAUCCAAAAUUCACAUUUUUUUGAAUCAAAACUUUUUAAAUUUAAUUUUUAUGCGCACAUACCUAAUUAUGGUUGUUUUUGUAAUCAUCUAAAAAUAUUUUUUUGUAUCAAAAAUCUCUUUAAAUUUAAUAAAAUUGAUUUUUAUAUCAAAGUUGUCAAAUGAAUAAAUCAUGGCUUUUAAAUAAUUUAUUUUUUUAAAAUAAAUCAAUAUAUAUAUAU